AUGCCGACCGAAGAUUACACUGACAAUACAGCUGUGGAACCGCAGAUAAUCAGGCGUCGACGAACAAUUAGACCUGCCAAUAUACAUUAUUGCAAGUUCAAUCAAUAUUAUGAUCAGGAGGAAGGUCGUUGUUUAGGUGUGCCAGGAGGCGGCAAAGUACUUCACAUUGAAAACAGACAAUCAUGUGGCAUCAAUGUCUUGAAGCCCCAUUGUAAAAGCUCUCUAUAUUAUCACAUUUGUAAGCGUGACAAGUCGAUCCUGGCGCAAUGUGCAAACAGGCAGAUCUUCGACAAUCGUUUACAGCGAUGCGUUUACUACGAUUUAAGUAAAUUAACUCCCAGUAUUAUUCCACCAGACGACUACAUAUACGAUCACAUUAUAAUGCCACGUUGCACGAGAUAUGGUCGAUUUCCCGUGCCUGGACAUUGUUCCAUGUUUUACAUAUGUGAUACAAACGGACAUCGACUUCAUCAAAGUAUUUUUAAGUGCCCACAAAAUACGGGAUAUCAAGUGGACAGAGGAGUUUGUAACAUUAUGGCAGAUUGUGAGAAUGACAAUUCGGUGGAUACUACAUUUUGUGUUCCAGAUGCCCCGGGCGAAAAUGUGGAAUCUUCACAUUUCGAUGAGGCUAUAAAUGGAAACGUGAAGGAAAUUUCAGAAAUACUUGAAGAAAGUAAAGCGAACACAGACGAUCCCAUUGUAGAAAAAGAGAAAAAUGUAAAUUUCAAGAAUUUCGAUGACAUUAUCACUACUACCCCUGUAAAUACAAUAGGACCAUUGUCAGAGAAUAAUUAUAAUGAUAAUGAUAACGACAUGGAAGUGGUGUCAAGUAACGCGAGUUCGUUAAAUCCAAUCAAAGAAGACUCAAUUUCUGAAGGCAGCGACGAAAAGAUAAUGUACAGUCAAACUCCGAAUCAGCUUGAAACUGUGCAAAAAGCAUCUGACGGAGGACAGAACGAAGAGGACGGGUCAUCACUAUUAAAUUUACGAAUUACAUCGCCAUUAACUACAGAAUUCGAUGAUACAUCGCAUUCGAUUACGGAACAAUAUAGAAACAACGAAGACAGCAUAAUAUCGUCAUCAAAUUUGAAUACUGAUUCUGUUCAUCUGUAUUCAGCACCAACAAUUAAUAAUAUAUCAGAAUUACCUCCAAUCAAGGAUGUGUCAUUAAAUGAAGAUGAAAAAAUGCAAGAUGCGAUUACGGAACAAAAUAGAAGCAACGAAGACAGCACAAUGACGCCAUCGAAUUUUGAUACAGAUUCGGUUAAUCAGUACACGCCAUCAAUAGUAAGUAAUGUAGCAGAAUCUUCUCCGAUUAGCGAGACGCCAAAGAUAGACGAGGAAAUGCAAGAUGAAGCUACAGAAUAUGGAAACAACAAAAAUAGUAUAGUGACCCCAUCGAAUUUUAAUAUAGAUUCGAUUGAUAAGAACCCUUCACCAACAAUAAGUAAUGUACUAGAAUCUUCUCCAAUCAGCGAUGUAUCACCGAAUAUAGAAGAAAUACAUUCGAAACAACAUAGGAACAACGAAGAUAGCACAAUGACGCCGUCGAAUUUUAAUACAGAUUCGGUUGACCAGUAUACGCCACCAAUAGUAAGUAAUGUAGCAGAAUCUUCUCCAAUUAGCGAGACGCCGUCAAAGAUAGAUGAGGAAAUGCAAGAUGAAGCUACAAAAUAUGGAAACAACGAAGAUAGUAUAGUGACCCCAUCGAAUUUUAAUACAGAUUCGAUUGAUAAGUACCUUUCACCAACAAUAAGUAAUGUACCAGAAUCUUCUCCAAUUAACGAGACGCCGUCAAAGAUAGAUGAGGAAAUGCAAGAUGAAUCUACAGAAUAUGGAAACAACGAAGAUAGUAUAGUGACUCCAUCGAAUUUUAACACAGAUUCGAUUGAUAAAUACCCUGCACCAACAAUAAGUAAUGUACCAGAAUCUUCUCCAAUCAACGACGUAUCAUCGAAUAUAGAUGAAGAAAUACAAGAUGUGAUUCCGAAACAAUAUGGGAACAACGAAGAUAGCACAAUGAGGCCGUCGAAUUUUAAUACAGAUUCGGUUGACCAGUAUACGCCACCAAUAGUAAGUAAUGUAGCAGAAUCUUCUCCAAUUAGCGAGACGCCGUCAAAGAUAAAUGAGGAAAUGCAAGAUGAAGCUACAGAAUAUAGAAACAACGAAGAUAGUAUAGUGACCCCAUCGAAUUUUAAUACAGAUUCGAUUGAUAAGUACCUUUCACCAACAAUAAGUAAUGUACCAGAAUCUUCUCCAAAUAACGAGACGCCGUCAAAGAUAGAUGAGGAAAUGCAAGAUGAAGCUACAGAAUAUGGAAACAAUGGAGAUAGUAUAGUGACUCCAUCGAAUUUUAAUACAGAUUCGAUUGAUAAGUACCCUGCACCAACAAUAAAUAAUGUACCAGAAUCUUCUCCAAUCAACGAUGUGUCACCGAAUAUAGAUGAAGAAAUACAAGAUGCGAUUCCGAAACAAUAUGGGAACAACGAAGAUAGCACAAUAACGCCGUCGAAUUUUAAUACAGAUUCGAUUGAUCAAUAUACGUCACCAAUAGUAAGUAAUGUAGCAAAAUCUUCUCCAAUUAGCGAGACGCCGUCAAAGAUAGAUGAGGAAAUGCAAGAUGAAGCUACAGAAUAUGGAAACAACGAAGAUAGUAUAGUGACUCCAUCGAAUUUUAAUACAGAUUCGAUUGAUAAAUACCUUGCACCAACAAUAAGUAAUGUACCAGAAUCUUCUCCAAUCAACGAUGUGUCACCGAAUAUAGAUGAAGAAAUACAAGAUGCGAUUCCGAAACAAUAUGGGAACAACGAAGAUAGCACAAUGACGCCGUCGAAUUUUAAUACAGAUUCGGUUGAUCAGUAUACGUCACCAAUAGUAAGUAAUGUAGCAGAAUCUUCUCCAAUUAGCGAGAUGCCGUCAAAGAUAGAUGAGGAAAUGCAAGAUGAAGCUACAGAAUAUGGAAAUAACGAAGAUAGUAUAGUGACUCCAUCGAAUUUUAAUACAGAUUCGAUUGAUAAAUACCUUGCACCAACAAUAAGUAAUGUAUCAGUAUCUUCUCCAAUCAAUGACGUGUCGCCGAAUAUAGAUGAAGAAAUACAAGAAGCCAUUCCGAAACAAUAUGGGAACAACGAAGAUAGCACAAUGACGCCGUCGAAUUUUAAUACAGAUUCGGUUGAUCAAUAUACAUCACCAAUAGUAAGUAAUGUAGCAGAAUCUUCUCCAAUUAGUGAGACGCCGUCAAAAAUAGAUGAGGAAAUGCAAGAUGAAGCUACAGAAUAUGGAAACAAUUAUGUAGCAGAAUCUUCUCCGAUCAGCGACGUGCCAUCGAAUAAAGAUGAAAAAAUGCAGGAUGCGAUUACAGAAGAAUAUAAAGACAACGAAGACAGCAUAAUGACGCCAUUGACUUUGAAUACAGAUACGGUUGAUCAGUAUCCCGCACUAACAGUAAGUAAUACAGCAGAAUCUUCUCCAAUUAGCAGUACAUCAGCGAAGAUAGAUGAGGAAAUGCAAGAUGCGAGUACAGAACAAUCUAGAAACAAUGAAGACAGCACACUAAUACCAUCGAAUUUGAAUUCUGAUUUGGUUGAUCUGUAUUCGGCACCAACAUUAAAUAAUAUGUCAGAAUCCUCUCCAAUCAGUGAUGUGUCACCAAAUCUAGAUGAAAAAAUGAAAGAUGCGAUUACAGAAGAAAAGGGAAACAACGAAGAUAGUAUAAUGACCCCAACGAAUUUUAAUACAGAUUGAUAAGUAUCUUGCACCAACAGUAACUGAUGAAUCAGAAUCUUCUCCGACCAGCGAUGUGCCAUAGAAUAUAGAUGAAAAAAUGCAAGAUGCGAUUACGGAAGAAUAUAGAAAUAACGAAGACAGCAUAGUAACGCCAUCAAAUUUGAAUACAGAUUCGGUUUAUCAGUAUCCAGUAUCAAUAAUAAGUAAUGAAGCAGAAUCUUCUCCAAUUAGUAGCAUGUCAUCAUAGAUGAGGAAAUGCAGCUACGGGACAGGACAGAAAUAACGAAGACAGCACAUCAAAUUUCAAUACCGAUAGUCAAUCACAGAUAGUCCGAAGUAUGAUAAUUCUGAUAUAUUAUCUUCUUCGUCGACACUUGCGAUUUUGCCGCCACGAGUAGAUGUUGAUUAAAUUGCCACAGAAGGUUUAUCCGAAGCUACUCCGUCAAUAGACAGAAAAUUGCAGAUGCUAGUUCAUUUGCACCAGAUGGAGUCGAAAGUUUUUUGCUCGAUUUUUACCCGAUAAUACUGAUGAAUUAUUAUUUAAUAUCAACGACGGGAUCCACUUUUUCAAAAGAAGUAAUCGUACCGGAUGACACUGCAACUACAACACAUUCCAUCC